AUGAAGUCCACCACCGCCUUCACCUCUGCAUUCCUGGCAACUCUCAGCCUUGUUUCUGCUGCCCCGGCUCCGGCGGCAGCGGAAACGGUAUCCGUCUCCUACGACACCAAAUACGAUGUUGGAACAUCCUCUCUGACCACCGUCGCCUGCUCCGAUGGUGUUAACGGCCUGAUUACUGAAGGCUACACCGACUUCGCAUCGCUGCCAAGCUUCCCAAACAUUGGCGGUGCGAUCACCAUCUCAGGCUGGAACAGCCCUAACUGCGGCAAAUGCUACGCGUUGCACUACUCGAACGGCAAGAUCGACAACACAAUCAACGUCAUUGCUGUCGACGCCGCCCCGGGUGGCUUCAACAUCGGUUUGAAAGCCAUGAACACGCUGACCAACGGUCUGGCGGAGCAACUCGGCCGUGUUGACGCCACUUACGUUGAAGUGGAUGCCAGCGCAUGCGGGCUGUGA